CUUUCUUUCUUCUCUAGCGGUGGCACAAAGUUUGGAAAUUUCACAAGUAUUGGUCAUUAAUUUAAAUCUGCAAAAGCUCAAAAUUAAAAGGCAAAGAAAGAAGGGCCAGCCAGCAAUUAGGAAGCAGAUAUGGGAGCCUGCAUCAGAAAGCCGCUUGAAAAUCCCACAUACUCAGAAAAAGAUCAUCAAGUAGAAAAAAGGAAGAAUCAUAGAGAAUCCGACGGACACGACAACGUUGUUCAAAACGGUAUCUCGACAUCUGGUUACGGGCCAGAGAAUGCUGCUGUUAAACAAAGUCGCAUAUUUACCAGUGUUAACUUGAAAAUGUUCAGUUUGGCUGAGCUGAAGACCGCUACAGCAGAUUUUGGACGAAAAACGUUGUUGGGAGAAGGAGGUUUUGGAUGGGUUUUCAAGGGUUGGUUAGAUGAGAAAAGUUUUGCACCAUCUGAUUUGGGGGUGAGAAUAGCUGUUGCAGUCAAGAAAUGCAAGCCAGACAGUGAGCAAGGUCUCAAACAUUGGCAGGCGGAGGUAAAACUGUUAGGAAAAUUUUGUCAUCCCAACCUUGUUAAGUUAUUGGGGUACUGUAAUGAGAACUCGGAACUCCUUCUCGUCUAUGAGUACAUGCAAAACGGAAGCUUAGAAAGACAUCUUUUCAACGAGGAUGUGGAGCCGCUUUCAUGGGAAACACGGCUGAAAAUUGCAAUAGGAGCCGCUAGAGGGCUUGCUUUCUUGCACACAACAGAGAAGCAAGUUAUUUACAGGGAUUUCAAGCCACCAAACGUAUUGCUUGAUGAGGAUUUCAAUGCAAAACUGUCCGAUUUUGGACUGGCCAAGUUUGGUCCGGUGAAUGGAAAGUCACACGUGACAACAGAAGUCGCUGGCACUUAUGGCUAUGCAGCUCCUGAGUACGUUGCCUCCGGUCAUUUGUAUGUGAAAAGUGACGUCUAUGGAUUCGGGGUUGUGUUGCUAGAAAUAAUCACGGGCUUAAGGGUAGUCGACAUGAAACGUCCGGCAGAGAUGUACAAUCUAAUAAAAUGGGCAAAGCCUUUCUUGGGUAAGAAGGAUGUCAGCCAAAUAAUGGACCCGAGACUUGAAGGCCAGUAUCCUUCUUGGGGGGCUUCUCAAAUGACGGCUCUCGUAGCCGAAUGUCUUCCACCUGAUCCUAAAAGCAGGCCAUCCAUGGAAGAAGUCCUCGACAAACUUGAAGAAAUAAGAACUGGAGAAGAUAGAGAAAGAGGAAAUCUGAUUUGGAGAAUAUUCUAACUAGGGAUAUAAUUGAACUACAUGGACAAAGUAUAUGUUAAAGAUGAAGUAUAUGUUGCAUACUUGAUUAUUUUGUUGAAGUUUCAUAAUAUUUUUGUUUAUAUGAUUUGAGCUUUAUGGUUGUCUUUUGUAUCUUUGUGAGAAAAUGUCAAAGUUUUGUUGUAUGUUUCAAGAAUGUACUUUCAUAUUUUCUAAGGGAAA